CGUGGAGAACGAGAGGAGGACAGAACCGCGCUGGCUGAGGCGCUGGAACCAGGUUUGAGGUCUCUCUGGGCCCUAUUUUUUCAAAUUAUAAUAUAUAAUAUAUAUAUACCCAAACUCGUUAUUCCAUAUUUGUUAAUCUAGUUUCUGUUCCGUCUUUCCUUCACGAGCUCCUGCUGGCGCUUCUCCCUCCUUUCUUGUUCUCCCCUCCCAACAACAACCCUGCAAGGAUGGCUCGUGCAAAAUGUAUCCUUGCCGCUUUGGAUCAUGUUCCCAGGAAAGCAGGUGACCAUUUUAAACGGCAAUCCUAAUUCCUUGGAUCUGGAUUUCAUCUUUUUCAUCUGGAGACAAGGAAAAAAAGGGGGGGAAGUAUGAUGUGCCGUGGCUUCUCUGCAGUAUUUACCCAGAGAGGGUCUGUCUGUCCUUGGCUUUGUUCCGUGCACCGUUUAAGAGACAUUCCUGGAAAAAAACGGAUAUGGCCUCCAAGCCUACAAUCCGUAGAACUUCUGGACCGGAGGCUGAUUAGCACAUCCCGGUCAGUCUGUAAAUUACACAACAGAGAUUUGGAGGAGAUGAUGAGAUCAUCAGAAGCCCUUUCUAAAGAGGAAGAGGAGGAAGAGGAGAAAUUUGAUGCUGAUGAAAGCUUUGGGUUGUUAACUCAGAAAUACCCUCCCAAGCCCUUUUCUCGGGCACCUUCGGCUGAUUUUCACAACUUACAGCUCCAAACCAAAGAACAGGAGGAGGAAGAGGAGGACGACGAAGAGGAGCUAGAAAUAAAACCCAGAAGAGGUCGAAGAAAUACCCCAUACUGGUAUUUUUUGCAGUGCAAAGCAUUGAUAAAGAAAGAUAAGUUGGCUGAGGCUCUUGAGCUCUUUGAGGUACAAAUGCUGAAGGAAGAACAUCUACAGCCUGAGGAGUUCAACUAUACGGUGCUGAUUGGUGGAUGUGGCAGGGUUGGGUACCUGAAGAAAGCCUUAAAGCUCUACAACGAUCUUUUAUCUUGUUACGCUAUUGGGAGGCAGAUGAAAAAGCGAGGCCUGACGCCUACAAUUGCCACAUAUACCGCCCUGUUCAACGCCUGCGCAGAGUCACCCUGGAAGGACAGCGGUCUGCAGAGCGCCCUUAAGCUGCGACAGGAACUGGUACAAAAAGGCAUAGAGCUGAAUCCAAUUGCCUAUCGCGCUUUGUUGAAAUGCUGUGCUCUGUGUUCAGAUCUCCACAUGUGCUUGGAUAUAUUAAAGGAAAUGGUGGGAAAUGGCCAUCCAAUCACCACGGAUACUUUCAACGUCCUGCUCAUGGGGUGUAUAAGCGACAAAGAGAACGGGUUCCGCUAUGCUUUACAGGUUUGGCAGCAGAUGGGAAAGCUCAACCUCAAGCCUGACCUGUACACUUACAAUUUGAUGCUAAGCGCUGCCAAAUACUGUGGUAUUGGUGACACAGAGGUGGCUUCUAAAUUGUUACUAAGACCCUCAGAGGAACGCCCAGCUUUCCUGAGGCUGAAUUCUGGCAGAGAGCAAAGCACAAAGGGUCAGAGAAAGAAAAAAACAAACACUCCUGCUUUAAUGUUACUGGAUGUCGAAGCUCUGGAAAAAAACAUGUUCCCAGGAAACGGUCCAAAAACUGGGACGCCUAAUAGAAGCCGAGAGGAUGCCAAGGACAGGGCAACGCCGGAGUCCAGCGAUGACUCCGAUUUAUCAGACCGCGAUACCGACUGGAGUUCUGUGAUCUCUGCUGGGAACCAGUUGGUUCCGGAAUCGACAGCUGGAACCUCUUUCCCGGAGCCUGCCGUUCCCCUGCCUAACUUGCUGGAUUUGGAGAGCCCAGCCCCCCAGGUGAUUUCCUUAGGGACGGUGGCCACCCCCUCCGAUCGGCUGGCUCUGAUGGGAAACAUGGAAGGGUUCUUGCAGAAAAUGAAGGACGACAAAGUGGAAGGCAAUAUUAGGACGUUCAUAUUGCUAGCCGAAAACAUGGAAUUUGACAGCCCGUCCGAAUUGUUGGCCAUCAUGGAGGAGAACCACGUGAAACCAGAUGUAGCUUUUUUUAAUACGUUGAUCAGAAAAAGGAGCAAGAAAGCAGAUCUGGAGGCGGCAAAGAGCCUGCUGCCUUUAAUGUUGCAAAACGGACUUUCACCAGACCUGUACACAUUUUGUAACCUGGCCAUUGCCUGCCGCAAACUGAAGGAAGGGUUGCAGUUACUGUCAGACAUGAAGCGAUCUGGAAUAAAACCCAACGUGCAGAUCUACGGGGCACUGAUAAAUGCAGCCGUGAAGCGACUGAAUUACACCUACCUCAUCGAGAUCCUUAAAGAUAUGAGCAGGAACCAGGUUGCUCCGAAUGAAGUUAUUAUUAAGACUCUGGAGUUUGCAGCCCAAUAUCCUCCUAAUUAUGAUAAGUACCAGAAAAAGGAUCAUUAUCUGGAGAAAAUUGAUGGCUUCCGAGCUUUCUACUUCCGUUGGCUUAAGUGGAUGGCUGGGGAAGAAACACCACACCCUUGGUCAAAAUACCGAUAUAAGAAUUUGGCACAAAGCAAAGAUGGCGACAGGCUGGGACAAGAUCAAGGCAGUCAGGUGCUGAAAUAAAGCAAAUAUUGACCAUUCAUGAUGGGAUGCUGGCAACUUUUGUAAAUUGCUUAAUUCUGUACGUAUCUGUUCACAUGAAGCUUAAAUUAACCCCUAGGUAUAUGUACAAUUGCAACCCAAAUUUAUCUGGAACAAAUCUCUCAGUAAUAUACUGUCUAAUAACACGUUUAUCUUACCAA